AUGUAUAGACGGUUAGCUUCAAGUAUUAUCAAAAAUUCAAAACGAUCGAUUCUCCAAGCAUCACACAAAUCAGUAUGUUUUCCGGAAACUGUCGUGACAACUCUUCCCAGUGGAUUCCGUGUUGCAACUGAAAAUACGGGCGGCUCCACUGCAACAAUUGGAGUGUGGAUUGAUGCCGGAUCUCGUUAUGAAAAUAAAAAAAAUAAUGGAACUGCCCACUUUUUGGAGCAUAUGGCUUUUAAGGGUACUCCGACUCGCACAAGAAGCAGUUUAGAAUUAGAAGUCGAAAAUCUUGGUUCUCAUUUAAAUGCUUACACAUCACGAGAACAAACCGUUUAUUACGCCAAAUGCUUCUCAGAAAAUCUUGAUAAUUCUGUAAACAUUCUCUCUGACAUUUUGCUCAACAGCAAUUUGAACAAAAAGGACAUUGAAGCCGAGAGAGGAGUGAUUUUGAGAGAAAUGCAAGAAGUCGAGCAAAACUUGAUGGAAGUAGUUUUUGAUUUGUUGCACAUGGGGGCAUUCGAAGGAAAUCCGUUGUGCAUGACCAUUCUCGGACCAGAAGAAAACAUCAAUACGAUCAAUAGAAAUGAUUUGAAAAAUUAUAUCGAAACACAUUAUCGGAGUGGCCGGAUGGUUCUUGCCGCAGCUGGAGGAGUCAAUCACGACAAAGUGGUCCGACUCGCCGAGAAAUACUUCGGCGAUUUGCAGCGUGGAGACGCUUCUGCCGAGUUCAUUCCUGCGGUUUAUACUCCCUGCCAGAUUAACAAUAAAGUGAACAACAUGGGAUAUUGUUACGGUGCUCUUGUCACGGAAGGCGUUUCUUGGACCCACGAAGACAAUCUUGCAUUGAUGGUGUCUAAUACGCUGCUUGGUGAAUACGAUCGAUCACGAGGAUUCGGAGUUAAUUCUCCAUCUCGUCUCGCGCUUCGUCUAGGAAAUACAAGCGGAAUCCAGUCAUUCCAGGCAUUCAACACCUGCUACAAAGAUACGGGUCUCGUCGGCAUUUAUUUCGUUUCUGAAAAAGAUGAUGUUGGCAAGCUCGUCGAUGCUGUCACCGAUGAAUGGAAAUGGCUUGCAUCGGAAGUGGAUUCUGAAACUGUUGAACGCGGCAAACAAACGCUCCUUACUAAUUUAUUGCUUAUGCUUGAUGGCUCAACUCCAAUCUGUGAAGAUAUCGGAAGGCAAUUGCUGUGUUAUGGACGCCGAAUUCCAAUUCCAGAAUUAGAAUAUCGAGUGAAUGCGAUCACUCUGGAUCAAGUUAGAGAUGUCUGCAACAGGAUAUACGCCAAUGGAAAAGUUUCAACGACAGUCGUCGGAGAGACCGAUUAUUGGCCAUCAAAUGAGGAAAUCCACGAAAAAUUGAAAAGAUAA